UUUCACAUUUUGCAAAAGAAAAUGGACUGCAUGUGACCUGAGCCAACACAAUGCCGUGACAACUCCGCCAUAAUUCUUUCCAUAUUUGCCAAAUCUCUCCCUCUCUCUCUCUCUCUCAGAUCAAACCAAAUUCUCUCUGCAGCUCACUCACUCUUCAAUCUCUCUCUCUUUGUGAUCUCUAAAGAGGAAAAAUGGCACCAGUGUCAGCUUUGGCAAAGUACAAGCUGGUGUUCUUGGGGGACCAGUCUGUGGGCAAGACCAGCAUCAUCACCCGCUUCAUGUACGACAAGUUCGACAACACCUAUCAGGCUACAAUUGGUAUUGAUUUUCUGUCAAAGACUAUGUAUCUUGAAGAUCGAACUGUUCGGCUGCAGUUGUGGGAUACUGCUGGCCAGGAAAGAUUCAGAAGUCUCAUUCCAAGCUACAUUAGGGAUUCAUCUGUUGCUGUCAUUGUGUAUGAUGUUGCGAGCCGGCAAACUUUCCUAAACACUUCAAAGUGGAUUGAAGAGGUGCGCACUGAGAGGGGCAGUGAUGUCAUCAUUGUCGUUGUUGGAAACAAAACUGACCUUGUGGAAAAGAGGCAAGUUUCCAUAGAGGAAGGAGAAGCCAAAGCUCGUGAGCUCAACGUCAUGUUUAUUGAAACGAGUGCUAAAGCUGGCUUUAACAUAAAGGCAUUGUUUCGGAAAAUUGCCGCGGCUUUACCAGGAAUGGAAACACUCUCUUCGACAAAGCAAGAAGACAUGGUUGAUGUGAACUUGAAGUCUACUGGUGGUGGUGCAACACAGUCCCAGCCCCAGUCAGGUGGAUGCUAUUGUUGAGAAUUAUACUCUUUUUCUUGGUGUUUGGUUUUUCAACCAACUUUACCCCAGAUAUGUAAAGGUUUCAUUUAGAUUUCUUUCUUUUUUAUGUACUUGUUGCGGGUAUAAUCCUUUACGGCAUUGCUUUGGGAACUCUCUUAGGCAACAUAUGGGUCUGAAGAGCUAGGAGUAGAACUAUGACUUGGGAAUUUGUUCGUUUGGUUAGAUUGUCAUAACCUGUGAGAUGUGUAGUAAAAUUUACUGACUUGAAUAGAUUUUGGUAUUUACACAUUUCUAUGAUGAUUAUUUGCCAUGA